AUGAUGCAUUAUGCCGCAAAGCAUGGCGUUUUAGCUCCGAAGGUCCGCGGAGUCUAUGAUAUUGUCACUAAAAGGCCUAUCGCGCGUGUCAUGGUCAGCGAGCGUGUUCCUGGAGUGCCUCUUGUCGACGUGUGGCAGAACAUGUCCCGAGCUGAGCAGACAUCUGCCAAGGAGCAGCUUCGCGCUCAGAUAAAGCAAAUGCGUACUUUGAUACAGCCUUACAUAGGCCGUAUCGACAAGCAACCCACCCGCAACAUAUACAACACCACAUUUGUUAGGCAUUGUGGCCCCUUUGAGGACGAGGAGUCUUUUGAUCAAUGGUGUCUGGCAAGACUGUCAGGUGGAGGAUUGCAACGCUGGAAAUGGAAGAGGGUCCUCGAAAAGCAAAGACGUAAAUCAACUGGACGUUUCGUUCUUACUCAUGGUGAUCUUUCACCGCGCAAUAUCAUGGUUGAUGGAAGUACCAUCACAGGGAUAAUCGAUUGGGAGCUGAGUGGGUUUUAUCCUGAGUAUGUGGAAUAUGCGGUCGCCAUAGGUCUUGGCCCAGGGAUAGAAGAAUGGUGGGUUCCUGUACUGAAAGAGAUACUGGAACCAUGCUCAACAGACCUAGUAAAGUUCACAGAGCUUAUAGAAGAAAGAAUGGGAUCUUACUAG